AUGGAUAGCUCCUCUGGUAUGAUUAACACUUUGACAUCUCCAGCAUUGCUAGUCAUGGCAACCUCUUCUGAUGGCUCACUUGGGGGAACACAGCAACCACCUAUUUAUACUGUCCCAAUGUCCAUGGAAAAGCCACCUCAGAUAUCUUACCUUAGUCCAGCUUAUCCCCUUCUGUACUCUUCACAGGACCAUCUAACCACUGCCUGUCCUCCCCAACUUUUAUCCUUGGCUCCUCAAUAUAGUCACCAUCGUCUGGAAAGGGGAGGUGUUGGUGUUUUGGGGUAUGGAGCCCUCCACCAUUUCAGUGCUUUUCAUCUUCCUGAGGGUGUAGAAAGGCUUCAGGCCAGUUUUAUGAACCCCAAAAGAUUGAAGGGAGAGUCAGAACAUCUGCAGAUGAGAUACCUACCCAUGGAACCUGGGCUUGAAGCAUCUCAUGUUUCUAGUGGGGCAGGAAUUCCUCAAACAUCUCAGCAUAGUUCCACAAAACCAAGGCAAAUAUCCAACAAAAGAGAGAAGAAGAUGACCAUUUGUUUGCCUCUCAUUUGCCCCCUGUGUAAUAAAUGUUUACAGAAAGAGGAACUCUCUCAACAUUUGCAACAAGAGAUGGAUCUUUUACAUCAAGUAUCUGACAGAGAGCCUGAUGCAUCCCUGGAUUCAACUCAUUAUAUACCACAGUCCCCUAUGCAAGGAGUGAGCUCUCCCUGCCAGUCACCAUUAAAUACAUUUGAGGAUGGGCACAAGCUGGACAGACAACAGACUUUCCAACAGGUGAAAUGGAACCGUGAAGAACGACUUGGAGUACGAGCUGGGAAAUGUAAGAGGGCAAGAGUCAAUAUUUGUGAGUCAGAGAGUUCACAACCUCAGCGGCCGGCACCAGUAGAAGGGGAAAGUUGUUGGGACGAGGAGAUUCUGAGUCCUGGGAAGUCUACCCAUGAAUCAGAGAGGCCGAAAUGCUGUCUUAGUUCAGCAAAGGAUAACAAAGUUGAAUCUGCUUUUACAACUUGUGCCACAUAUAUCAGCCCUUUAGAAAACCAAUCCCUGAAGAUCGCUGAACAGAGCCCAGGAACAAAAUUUGGGUUUCCUGUAAUAGUGAAAAGCACUGAUAAUAUCCGAGUUUUUCGUAUAUCUCCCAAACCUGUCUUUUAUAACCGACACAGCAUUACGGGUGGUCGAUUUGGGGAUUGCAUAGUUUCUCCAGGAAUCAGUUCUCCAAGCCACAGCGAAGAGUCUGACAGCGAGGAAGGUCCAACUGUCAACACAUCCAGGGUAAAUGAAGAGAGUCUGGAAAGUCUGAGGAAAAAGAUACAGGAACUUACAGAGAAACUGAGAAACGCCCACACGUGUCAUAUCUGCCUGGACUCCUACAGCAUUCCUGUGACUUCUAUCCAGUGUUGGCACACUCACUGUGAAGGAUGUUGGCUCCGAGCUUUGGGAACAAAGAAACUGUGUCCGCAGUGUAACACAAUUACAUCACCUUGUGACCUGCGCAGAGUGUAUCUGUGAAGAACAAAACAUUACCCCAUUAACCGUUACAAAAUAUUGUCUGUUUCACUAAAUACAAGUUUCAUGAUACCUUGUUCUCUGUUUCUCUCUCGUUCACUACC